CUUGUGCUAUAGGCUCGCGCAUUCAACAACCCUGGUUGCUUUCUAGAUGCUGUGAAGCGUUCGAAUGCUCGAACCCUACCGUUCUUCAUCGACUUAUCCUGUAAUUGAUCAUCUCUAUCAGAAAUACAGGCCACUAUCAUGUCCAGCAAAAUCUCGAUAUUCAUAUAUGUUGCACUGCAACCGGGUCUAAUGGCAGUGGCAUCAAGCAAUCUCGCUUGGCGCUUGGCGGUGGUGCAAUUAUCGGAUUUAAAGAUGAUCAACUUCACUCCUAAUCACAUUAUUGCACAAUAUCUGUACUCGAUCUUCCAGCAGCACUCCUCCUGACAAUUGGAGAGUCAUGCGAGCCCCAUGUUGCCUACGCACUGGCACUCAGCUGUCGCGAAGUACACCGCACUUUGAGCGAUGUCCUUUCGAAACAUCGAAAACGCUGGCGGUACUGGAACACUGUCGAAUCUGACGAUAAGAGAAGACCUUUCCACGAAAGGGUAUUGGAGAUUACGAGGAAUAAGCAUCUUGCGUACUAUGUCAAGACUCUGUGCUUUGACUGUGAGCUUGAAGAACGUACAUACAGCCAGUCUGAGAGUAUGGAACUGCUGGGUCAAAUGCGAAAGCUGACAGAUGUCCAUGGAGACACAUUCGAUGUGUUCAAAGACAGUUCCUGGCGACAGAGCUUCUACGUCGGUCCUUAGCACUCCCAAAUACGAUGGCUCUCCACCUAUCUAAUUUUUAUGGCGCCCA